GCUAGAUUUCGAUUCUCGUUUUUUCGCAGCGCCCGCAGUUCGAGGAAAUUGGUGAAAAGCAACGCAAGCAGCGACAGAAGACCACAGAAAGCAGCAGAUAAUUGUGUGUUUUCAUUUCUACAAACACGAGAGCCGUGCCGGGGAGGUGGUUGAAACAGCAAAACCAGCAGCAGCAGCAGCCGCUAAUCGGGAAGAAAAUGCAGUGGAAGUUCGGGGGGAGCAGCGCAGCGCUGGCGUUGCUGCUGGCCUGCAGCUUACUGCUGUCCGUGACAGCCGAUGCGGAGUUCGGUGUCGAUGCCGACGAUUUUGAGGAUGGCCAAGUCGAAGAUGUUCAGGAGGAGACGGUCGGCGCUGAUGAGGAGCUGGUCUACGAGAGCCCUGUGAUCGAGCCCAAGAAGUUCCACUUUGCCGACCAUUUCGAUGAUGUUGAGGAGUCGCGCAAGCUGUGGGUCAACUCGCAGGCCAAGAAGGACGACAUUGCCGAAGAGAUCUCCAAGUACGAUGGCAUCUGGAGCUGGGAGUCACCGCAGCGGAUCGUCUGGGCGAAGGAUAAGGGACUGGUGCUCAAAUCGAAGGCAAAGCAUGCUGCCAUCUCGGCACGCCUCCGCAAGCAGUUCGAUUUCAAGGCAGAAAAACCACUGGUGGUGCAAUAUGAGGUCACACUGCAGGAGGGUCAAGAUUGCGGCGGCUCGUACAUCAAGCUGCUGUCCGCUGGCAAGGAAACCGACAAUCUUAAGUCGUUCAAUGACAAGACACCCUACACCAUCAUGUUCGGGCCGGACAAGUGCGGGAACGAUGUGAAAUUGCAUUUCAUAUUCCGUCACGUUAAUCCAAUUAACGGCACCAUCACCGAGAAGCAUUGCAACAAACCAAAGAACCGGCUGGACGAUCUCUUUAAGGAUAAGCUCCCACAUUUGUAUCAGCUUGUGGUCCAUCCCGACAACAGCUUCGAGAUUCGAGUGGAUCACAAAAUCGUCAAUGAGGGCUCCCUACUGACAGACUUUAAGCCGCCCGUAAAUCCGCCAGCACAGAUCGAUGACCCGAAUGACCACAAGCCAGAGUCGUGGGAUGAGCGCGAGAAGAUACCAGAUCCCACAGCAUCGAAGCCCAGUGAUUGGGAUGAGGAUGCACCGCCCCAGCUGCCCGAUCCGGAUGCUGUUAUGCCCGAGGGCUGGCUGGAGGAUGAGCCCGACAUGAUAUUCGAUCCCACGGCCAGCAAGCCCGAGGAUUGGGAUGCCGAAAUCGAUGGCGAAUGGGAGGCACCGCUGGUGGAUAACCCCGUCUGUGAGAAAACCGUUGGCUGUGGCAAGUGGAAGGCUCCGCUGAUCCCCAAUCCCAACUACAAGGGCAAGUGGCGUGCACCGAGCAUUGACAAUCCCAACUAUCAGGGCAAGUGGUCUCCUCGCAAGAUUGCCAAUCCCGAUUUCUUUGAAGAUCUAAAGCCGUUCCGCAUGACACCGAUUAGUGCUGUGGGUCUGGAGCUCUGGUCCAUGUCUAGCGACAUUCUCUUCGACAAUCUUAUCGUCACCGAUGAUGUGGCGGUGGCCCGUGAUUUUGCUGCCAAUAGUUUUGAUGUCAAGCGUCGCUAUAUUGAUCGUGAAUCGGACUCAUUCGUGAAUAAGGUAGUCGAGCUAGCCAAGGCCAAUCCCGUGGUCGCGGGCAUUGCCCUGGUGGUCUUUGUCGUGCUAUUCGUUUUCCUUACCAUUUGGUGUAGAUUUGGUGCCGCUAAGAAAGAGGACGCUGCCAAACGCGCUGCCGCUCAGGCAAAGAAAACCGAUGAACCACAACCCGAUGAGGCACCCGAAGAGGAGGAGGAAAGCGAUCCAUCGUCUGAGAGAGCUGCUGGCGAUUCCAGUAAGGAAAGCACGCCGCUGUCCGCUAGUCCCAAGAAGAAUACAAAGUCUGAUUUAGAGGAUAAUGUUGAGACCAAGCCGGAGGAGCCGGAGGGUUCUGAUGAGCCCGCACAGACUGAGCAACCUACCACAAAAACUACACGUAAGCGCGCAGUGCGCAAGGAGUAAAGCGGAUCAACAGAAAAAAAGAACGUUUUGAACAGAACCUAACCCAUUUCCAUAGAGCAAACGGCAACUAAAACUUCAACAACAGCCAAUAUUUAUUUCAAACAUGAUUCGAGGUUCAACACAUCCCACACUCCAAAAAUACACACAACCGUACAUAUAA